AUGGACGACUCGAUCUCGACGCCCGGUCAGCAAAAACGCCCCCGUGUGGCCGAAGAAAAUCGGAAGCGAGCUGUCCGAGCAUGCGAUGGCUGUCGCCGGGUCAAAGAAAAAUGUGAGGGGGGCGUGCCCUGUCGGAGGUGCUCGCGAUAUCGCCGCCAAUGCAAUUUCACACACAUCGACCCGAACGAAAAAGCCCGGUCAACCUCGGUUUCACUUUUGGACCGAGCUGCCGCUUUGAAUCGCAAUGAGAUCGCCGAAGCCGAACGAGUGCGCCUGAUGGAGCAACUGCUCUCCCACUAUGUGCCGAAUAUCACUUUUGAUAUCCAAUCGCUGCGCCAGGCUGCGGAAGAGCUCAAAAGCAAACACCGCGAGUCUGAGUCUGAUGUAUUCUCGGCAAAGGAAGAUCCCAAUGAGUUGGAAGAUCUUGCCAUUGAUGACGAGCAUUUCACUAUUAAAGCCAUGCCGGAUAAUACAACCCAAUAUUCGGGUGAAUUUUCAUAUCUAAAUUUCACUAUGAAGAUUCGCAAAAAGAUCGAUGAGUGGAUGAAGACAGCGGCACCGGAUGCAACUUCCGAAGUUGAGCCCUUUGAAGAGCGAUGGAGAAGUACACAGCUUCAAUCUGCGUCUCCUGCUGUAUCGGCAUCAAUCACCUGUCUUCCGCCCCGAUAUGUGGCAGAUUUCCUCGUCCAGAUUUUCUUCAAAUACGCCCAGACUAACAAUUUCUACAUUGAGGAAGAUUAUUUAAUUGAAAAGCUGAGCGUUUGCUACACUGACCCUGAAAGUUUGUCGUUUGACGAUGCAGGGGCAGUGUGUUGUAUUCUCAUGGUUCUUGCUGUUGGUACUCAAUUCGCACACAUGGAGUCAUCAACCCCCAUGAACCGAUUGCCUUCUGGUUCUACAGCGAACCAGGACCAUCAUUUCUCUGAAGACGAAGUCGGUCUUACAUUUUAUCAAUUUGCCUCGAAGCUCUUGCCCGACAUCAUUGCCACUGCCUCCGUUCGCAGUGUACAGGCUUGUUUACUCAUUGGAACAUAUUUAUUGCCAUUGGAUACGUCCGGCUUGUGCUAUACUUACUUUGGCCUAGCACUGAAACUAGCCAUUCAAAAUGGCAUGCACCGCAGAUAUCAUGGUGAAGGUCUUUCUCCACGCAUGAUCGAGGUGCGAAACCGUGUCUUCUGGACAGCAUUUACCAUUGAAAAACGGAUAAGCAUUCUGCAUGGCAGACCGUCAUCAUUAUCAGACCCCGAAGUCGAUGGGCCCCUACCUGUCGACUUCCCGGGGCUGAUGCCUGCAUCUCAAAUCUCCAAUCAUACUAAUAUGGUUGCUCUGAUUACAUUGACCUUGAAACUUGGACAGGUCUCGCAUGAAAUCACAUCUUUGCGAACGUCUCGCAAAGAUCAACAACACGAUUGUCUCGAACGACUGCUCAAUUUGCGAAAGCAUCUCGUGGAUUGGUGGUCCACUCUGCCAGAAGAAAUUACUUGCCGUGAUCUGAACCCCGGGGGACCUCUGUUCAGGUCAAACGUGCACCUCAAGUUGGAUUACUGUCUGACAAGAGUAUUCAUUGGACGCCCAUUCCUCUUUAGCAACAUUAAAGGAUUGUAUCAGACUCCCUCUCAGACUACACCGUUCAAGGGGGCCUCUGGUUUGGCCAAGAAUCGUGCGACUCUCGUCACAGACUGUGUGGAGGCAGCUUUGGAGAUCAUCGAUCUGUGCCGCUUGUUGCGUGAUGAGACAGGUCUUGCAAGAGCCUCGUUCACGGAGUUCAGCUCAUGCCGUGCGGCGUUGCUGGUCAUCUUGGCACAGGGUCUUACCAAACGAACUGAACGGCUCGGUGCUGCCCUUGAGCAGGGCAUCUCUCUAAUCAAGAUCAUGUCCAUGGGUGUGGGAUCUGCUCGGUCUGCUGUUAGUGUGAUUGAGGCGCUGGAACGCGCCAUCCGCCGCCUCGAGGCAUGGUCCGAAACACAGCCCGAAAUAACCAACGGAGGCAUCGUCGAAUCUGCAUACGACAGAUUCAAGAAUUGGGAAAUGCUCUGGAAGGCAGGCCCCAUCUCACCCUCUACCCUGGCCUGGCAGCAACAGGAAGCCUUUUCAAACGAGCAGAAAAUGGCCGCUGGCAUACCUCCCCAUCCAUCUUCCGUCGCAGGCCCUGCCACCAUCAUCCCAGGCACUCCCAUGACACCGCCUUCCGCGGCAAUGCUCCAGUCAAACGGCGCGAUACCCACCCCGGGUGGACCAGAUCAGGAACUUGCCGAGAGCGAGGUUCCAGGUGGUGCAAUUUCAGACACAUUCUCCAUCUCUCACCCAUCUCUUUCUCAAAUGCCGCAUUUUGGCUUCGAUCAUUUCGUUUCAAACUUCCCGCAGGAGCUUGGGGAGUUCACUGCUAUUCCUAUCUUCGAGUCAGAUGCUCAGGGUCAGCCUAAUGGUAUGGGUGGUCCUGAAAUGAGGACGCCAGGUAGUGCGUCUGAUCCCCAUUGGCUUCAAUUCAUGAGAGAGUAA